CACAAGCAUACUAGUAGUUCCAUACAACUGGUUCAUCCUGGGUUUCUUCAUGAAAACAGGCACAUUAUGGUUAAAAUUCUAGAGAUUUUGGGAUGAAGAACGCUAGUAAAGAUAAAGCAAUUGAGAUCUUGGGCAAGUUGGUUAGUUUCCUGAGAAAAAGUAUGAUUCAUAUCAUUUCUGUAGGCCCUAUGCCAAAUCACAUUGCAUUUAUCAUGGAUGGGAACGUACCGGAGGUUUGCCUGGAAACAUAAUUUAGCAGAAGCAGCUGGCUACAAGUUUGGUUUAUUGGCUCUCCUUUCCUGUGUCAAAUAUUGCUAUGAGUAGGGAGUAAGAUGUGCAACAUUCUAUGCCUUCAGCAUUGAUAAUUUCAAACAACGUCCUGAUGGGAUUCAACCUUUGAUGGAUUCAUUUCUAGAACACGUUGAAGGAUUGAUGAAGGAAGAUAGCCUUGUCAGUCGCUAUGGAAUUAGAGUCUACUUUCAAGGGAACCUUGAACUCUUGAGUGAACCUGUUAGAUUGGCAGCGGAAAAUGCCAUGCUGGCCACUGCUCAUAACUCCAAGCUAUUAUUGAUCGUCUGUAUUGCCUACACUUCCACCAAUGUGAUUGUACAUGCUGUUCAAGAAUCUUGCAGAGAAAAAUGGGGUGGAAUUAUUGUACUGAAUGAAAGUGCAGAACCUGAGGAAAAUGAGAAGAAUGACGGAGAGAGCUUCGUAAAAGUUACCGAUGUUGACAAGAACAUGUACAUGGCAAUUGCAGCUGAACCUGAUAUCCUAAUCCGUACCUCUGGUGAUACUCGAUUGAGCUACUUUCUUCUUUGGCAGACUACAUGCACUUACUUGUAUUUUCCUUCUGCCUUUUGGCCUGAGAUUGGUUUCCGACAUCUUCUCUGGGCAAUCCUCAACUUUCAAAGGCACCAUCAAUAUUUGAACAAGAGAAAGAAACAAAUGUAAUUUAUAUAAAUCAAGUUGGAGAAUCGUUUUAUAC